GAUGAUGUUUCCUUUUAAUACUCCUUAUAAUUAUUUAUUAAAUUGGGCAUUUGUUUGUUUUGCUAUUCCAUGGCUUUAUAGCUAUUUUAAUGAGCAACACAGAUUGACUACAAUGCCUGUUGAACAGGCAAUGUUGAAAGCUUGGGAGAAUUUUAUUGCCCAACCUUCAAUUAAAUUUCGUAAAGUUAUUGUUGGUAUAAAUUGUAAUGUUGACGUCAUUGUUUCGGGAGUAUCUGACCUUUAUGAAGUUUUUGUUCAUUUCUUUACACGUGGAGCGCCUGCUGAGCGUUUUAUGGCUAAUGAUUUAACUUUUGACAAAAUUGUUUCUGCUAUUGAAGAUAAUCAAUUACAUGCACAACAUUAUAUUGGUGGAAAUGCUGCACUUAUGGCUCAAAAAAUUGCUUCAGCUUUUCCAUAUGCAACCCCUUAUUUAGUUGGACCUAUAGGCCCUCGUAGUCAAGCACUUCUCCAUCCUUCAAUUGUCCGUAACAAUUUUACUAGAAUUGUUCAAGAUGAAAUGCACGUUAUUUUGGAAUAUAAACAGGGAGAAAUACUUGGAGAAUAUGUUGCUCCAGCAAGUUCUAGAUUUAUUAUUUCACAUGACCAAUUUAGUGGAAGCGCUAUGGUAAUUGAAAUGUUUUUUAAAGCAAUAAUGCAAUUUAGACCUGAUUUAAUUAUUUUUUCUGGUAUUCAUAGUAUGGAAGCACAGAUAAUUCCAAAUGUUGAUUCUCUUGGUAUUAAUGAACAAGAAUUAACUUUUCUUUCAAGAGUUGGUGGAGGACCUUUUAAAGAACAAUAUCCAAUAAGUGCAGGGACUCUACAUGCUUAUAAAGCAGUAGAAAUGCUUUAUUGGUUACUUUCAAAUUAUGGACAUGAUAGAAAUAAUCCAGAAAGUAAAAAUUAUAAUCAACGUCUUCAACGAAUCCAUUUUUAUUCCCUCACUUAUCACAUUAUGGUUAGUAAAGGCCCAGAUUGGUCGAAUUUAGCAGCAGGUUUAGCUGCAGGUGCUCGAUUAGCUGGUCGUCAAUCUUGUAAUUUGGCAUUGUCUUCUGGUAGAGCAACUGAUUUUGAUAAAUUAGAAAUUCGUUCAAGUCAAACUGUUUUAUUAGACAAACGAGUCAAUAAAGUAUUUAAAUUUAAUCCGCACAGUCCACUUGCCUCGUGGAUGCGCGGUGACCUUGUAUUUAUUUACACUCCUGUUUUUGUUUGUAAAUUUCCUCAACACACUGUUGGAGUAGAUGAUGCAAUUGCUGCUUCUGCCCUUCUUUAUUCACAAUUUUUUAAAUUAGAGAGGAAAAAUUGGUAA